AUGAAGAACACUCCGGGACCCAGAGACACUGCUGAUGCAGGUCAGAGGUCAACCUCACCUUAUGCACACAUAGUGCAUAGUUACAGUUUUUACUGUUGAUUGGUUUGUCAGUUAACUUACAUUACAGAUAAAAAAUCAUAAUGUUCAAGACUUAAAUAAUGACUUUGUAAACCCACGAUAACUGGCCACCAUACACUCACAGGCCACUUUAUCAGGUACACCUCGCGAGUACCGUGUUGGACUCCCUUUUGCCUUCAGAACUGAUUCUUCAUGGCAUUCUUUCAACUAGAUGUUGGAAACAUCCCCCAGAGGUUUUUGUCCUUAUUAACAUGAGAGCAUCACACAGCUGCUGCAGAUUUGUUGGCUGCACAUCCAUAAGUAUUUCCCGUUCCACCACAUCCCAAAGGAGCUCCAUUGGACUGAGAUCUGGUGACUGGAGGCCACUAGAGUACAGUGAACUCACUUUCAUGUUCAAGAAACCAGUUUGAGAUGAUUUGAGCUUUGUGCAUUAUCCUACUGGAAGUAGCCAACAGAAGAUGGUAGGGAUGAACAUGGUCAGCAAUAAUACCCAGGUAGGCUGUGAUGUUUAGAUAAUGCUUAGUUGAUACUAAGGGACCCAAAGUGUGCCAUCCCCAGCACCAUUACACCACCACCACCACCAGCCUGAACUGCUGAAACAAGGCAGGAUAGAUCCAUGCUUUCAUGUUGUCAAAUGCUGAUCCACAAACUGAAUCUUUUCAGCUGAAAUCCAGCAAACACUUUUUUCAGAUCGUCCAUUGAGUCUGUGUGAAUUGUAGCCUCGGUUUCCUGUUCUUAGCUGACAGGUGUAAAAGACCUUUUGCUCUUCUGCUGCUGUCGUAGUCCAUCUGCUUCAAGGUUUGAGGUGUUGAGCUUUCAGAGACGGUGUUCUGCAUACCUUGGUUUUAAUGAGAGGUUCUUUAACUUACUGUAGCCUUUCUAUCAUCUUGAACCAGUCUGCCCAUUCUCCUCUGACCUCAACAUCAGCAAGGCAAUUUGGUCCACACAACUGCUGCACACAGGACAUUUUCUCUUUUUCUGACCGUUCUCUGUAGACAUUUUAGAUGGUUGUGUGUGAAAACCCAUGUCAUGUUCAGAGUCACUUAAUUCCUCAUUCUGAUGCUCAGUUAGAACUUCAGCAAGUCAUCUUGACCACAUCUACAUGCCUAAAUGCGCUGAGUUACUGCCGUGUGAUUUCCUGAUUAGCUGUUUGUUUUAACAAGCAACUUAACGGGUGAACCUACCUAAUGAAGUGGUCGGUGAGUGUAUGUGUUAUCAUUGGUGUCUCCACUUCAGAAAUCCUAACUCUUAUAUUAUCUGUUGUGUUCUGUGUCUUCCCAGUUUGAUGUUUAUUUUUCUUGAUGAGUUCAGGGAUGCGCCAGCAUCAACAUUUUAAAAGCCUCUGCGUAUUUUAAAUGCAUCACUAGACUAUUGUGUUCAUAUUUAGAGGCUUUGUGUGUUUUUGGUGAUUUUUCCAAAACACAGGUCAAGCUGCUGUGUGUUCAAACCAGCCAAGCAAUGAAAAGUAAAUGAGCUGUUACACAAAACACUGACAUUUGUUAACAAACAAAGAGUUUUGAUUUGAACAGUGUCUGAUGAUUGUGCUGUUGUGUGUUUGUCUCCUCAGGGCAUGCAGGUGUUUCUGCAAAUAUGAUGAAGAAAAAGAAUCCCCACAAGUGAGUCAAAAUGCUCCGACAUUCUGAAUCUCUUUUUUUGUGUUGAUUUCUGCCAGACCAGAAUAAUUUCACUCAAAUUUUCUGUAGCUGUAGGACUGUUUCUGUGCAACUAAAAUGACAAACAAAAAAACACAACCUCAAUAACAAAUGUUGUUUUUAUUUUCUCAAAGAAAACAUAAGAGCAGUCUGGGCCCGACCACCAAAGUUCUGUCGCAGCCACGACGCAACAUCGUCGGCUGCAGAAUCCAGCAUGUGUGGAAGGAAGGAGGGGGACAUGUGGUCUGGAAAGGAACUGUGCUGGACCAGGUAAACCGAGGGUGGAGUAAUCACUGACGGAAAGACCUACAACACAUUUCAAACAACACAAUAAUUACCAUUUGUGUUUGUAUGUCCACCAGGUGCCAGUGAACCCAUCCCUCUACCUGAUUAAGUACGAUGGUUUCGACUGCGUUUAUGGUCUGGAGCUUCAUAAAGACGAGCGGGUUCAAGGUCUGGAGGUGCUCCCUGACAGACUCGGUAAGACUGAAUUGAGAUCAGGAUCACACAGUGGAGAUUGAGGACCACACAGUGAGUUCACUACAUCUGGAAUGAAAAAGUGUAUUUAUUGGUUAUAAGAUUUUAAAACUGUCAAAUCAACUGAGAUAGAAAGAAACAAGAAAGUGCUGAAAAGUGAAGUAGUGCUCUUCUUUACAUGGAUUUGUGUUUCCCUGCAGCGAAAUCCCGUUUAACAGACGUCAACCUAGCAGACACCAUGAUCGGUAAAGCAGUGGAGCACAUGUUUGAGACGGAGGAGGGUCCAAAGGAGGAGUGGAGGGGGAUGGUUUUGGCCCGUGCUCCCAUCAUGACCACCUGGUUCUACAUCACCUACGAGAAAGACCCGGUCCUUUACAUGUACCAGCUGCUGGACGACUACAAGGAGGGAGACCUCCGCAUCAUGCCUGACUCCAGUGAGUGAAGCUGCCUUAUUCAGCUUGUUAGACAUAAUUAAAGCAAAAUAGAGACCAAUUUACCAUCAGAGUGAUUUUUAUUAUUUUAAUUGCAGUAUUCACGUUAUAGUUUUAUUGUUAAUAAUUCAAGUUGGCUGGAUAGAUUUCCAAAAUUCAUUUGACAAAAAUCUAUUAGAGUCAAUUAAUAUCAACGUGCAGAACAGGCUCAAAAAAGAGGAAUCAAUGCAGACAUAGUCAUACAAUGUGAAAAUGCUGCUACAAGAGAGCUGAGCACUAAAGUAUUUAAGACUCAGUGCUCAGUUUUCUAAAAUAAACAUGCCCAUCUUGUCUGAUGUUAGUCAAAGUCGUUAUAAAUUCUUUUUCUCCAGCUUAGCAGCAGAACACUCACACUCAGGAGGCACUGAUGGUGCUGGUAUGCAGACCCAUGAAAGAUUAGGAAGUCUCUUUGAUUUAGUUUUUUACCAGUCGGUUGGCUUAGAAGUCAAAGAUGGCACAACAUCCUGGUAAAAAGUUUCCUGUCUCUUUGUAGUGGCGGCUGUGGUGCAUCGCUCCCCAAAAAGAGCUUGUGGAGACCUCAUGCAUGGCUGUGGUCUGACUGCAGGAAGUUAUUGAUUGUAUAGAUAAAAGGUUUCAGAUGCCGAGUCGUUCUUCUAGUUUAUGGCUCACAAUAAUGCCUUUAUAGUAUAAGCAUUUAUACAGAGUCCUGUGAGUACCCCAGCUCUAACUUAUACUGUUGAGUUAAACUGGGUUUUAUGGGUUUUAAGUUUAUCUUAUUCAAUUUGCUUUAUUAACUUCUUAUGUUAAUAAAAUGUUGAACUAAUCUCUAGUUUCUUUAGUUUUUAGUACAGAUGCUUUAAAACUAGCAAUUAAAAAAGAAAAAAAACAGAUAAAAAUCGAGAUCGGACGAUAUGACAAAAUAUAUCCUUAUAAUUUCUUUUACCAAAUCACCCAGUCCUACAAGAGGGUCUCCUUUAAGAUGAUAUUAUUGUAUAUAUUAUUGUAAAACACAGAAAAUAUCUCAGCCCAUAGACUAAAAGCAGAGGAGAAAUUAUUUUCAUAACCCUGUUUUGAAAUGAAAAAAACAACAACAGCCAAAAUAUGAACACAAAAUCAGCUCUAAGUUCCAACAGAUCUGUCUUGGCAGAUGUGUCUUUAUAUCGACAAGAAAAGUCCCAGCUGCUCUUUGUUUUCAGUCCUAUCAGAAAGUCCAGUUGAGAUGCAGGACAUGGUCAGUAAAUCCUCUCCCUCUGUGUCCUACUGUAGAUGACAGCGUCCCCGCAGAGAGGGAACCCGGAGAGGUGGUGGACAGCCUGGUGGGCAAACAGGUGGAGUACGCCAAAGAGGACGGGGGCAAGCGAACAGGCAUGGUCAUCCACCAGGUGGAGGCCAAACCAUCGGUCUACUUCAUCAAAUUUGACGACGAUUUCCUCAUUUACGUCUACGACCUGGUCAAAACUUCUUAA